AGCCAAGCAAGCAGCCAAAACCACCCAGGCCUUGGCGCGCGAGCACGCUUGCGGCCUGCGGAUAGUUUUAAGAAGCAUCCUACAGCUAUACGCCACUGGUGUGUGGAGCGGACAGCGGCACGCGUGGGCAGCACCCAAAAGGCAGAUGGCUAGCAGCCUCUUUGCGCUGCUCGUGGCCGGCGCGGCAGGCUUCGUCGCGCCACCACGCCGCCGCUGCGCCGCCGCUCCAUCCCUGAUGCCGCGCCGCAGCUUCGAGGGCGACCCCUUCGAGAUCCUGGGCGUCGGCCCGGACGCGACAAAAACGGAACUCAGGAAAGCGUUCCGCAAGAAGGCGCUGAAGACGCACCCGGACGUGAACGACUCGCCGGAGGCCGCCGCGGAGUUCGCCAAGAUCCAGGGCGCCUACGACACGCUGAGCGAUCCCGACCGGCGCCGCGCCUGGGAGCGGGCCAAGCGGUCGGGCGCGCCGCCGCCCCGGAGUAGUGGUCGCCGGCCCCCGCCGGGCUACAAGCCUCGAUCGGAGCGGUCGAAGGAUUCGUACUGGUCGGGUCCGCCGCCGGGCUACUCGCAGACGCCGUACGGCUACGACGACGCGGGCGGCGACUCCUGGGGCUCUAUUUUCGGUGAUUUACUAAGGGGCGUGGCCUCGAACCCGAAGGGUACGAUCCGAGGCGCGGUGAGCGAUCUGUUGGAUGUGCUGGAGGCUACCGCGGAUUCAUCAAUAAACACGGAGUUUGCUACGGAGAAGGAGUGGGCCGCCGCCGUCGCCGACGCCGAGAAGCUCGGGGAUAGGCUGGAGAAGAUGCUCCGCGACGACCUCAUUCCGAAUUUAGCGGCGGCCAAGGCCGAAGAAAAGGCGGCGCGCGUCGACAAGUCGGCAGAUAUUGAUUUUCUGCUUGAGAAGACGGCUGAGGCCGCGGGUCUCGACGCGAAGAAGCGCGCGUGCGAAAAGCAGAUACGCAAUGCUCGUCGCGAGGUCGAGGCGCUGCGGCGCGCCGGGCCGCCCACGGGCUCGUCGUCUUCGUACCGCUCAUCGUCGUCUUCGUCGUCGACGUAUCGCUCUUCGCGGCCGUCGUCCUCGUCGACGUACCGCUCGGCGCCGCGGCCGCGCGCGACGGCGCCGCCGCCGCCGUCAAGCGCUGACAAGCAACGCCGGCUCGAUGACGAACUUGAGGAACUAAAAAAGGUGCCGCCGCACAAGCGGCGGCGACCACCGCCGUCGCCGUCGAAGGAGCGCCGCGUCGACGACGAGCUCGAUGCCCUCAAGAAGAAAUUAGGCAAGAAGUAACUGUGAUAAUGCAACAUACAC